ACAGGUCUUGAUGUAGUCUGUUCAUUAGCAGACCGGACUUAGCUCACCACAAUUAAAUUAGUGCAAUUUGCCAGCUGUGAAACAUCGAUCAGUAAGGACCUUUGUUUUGGAGGGGAUUAUCCCUCGAUGCCUCCAAGUAAAUCUCAUGCGAUCUUGAAGCACAAUCCAUGCUCUCAUUAAAAUCAUGACAUUGAGUUUUUCGUCAUUUUCAAUACAAGACAUCCUCAGCCGACGUGAUGCCGGAGGGAAGCCCGGUACCAAGAGUACAGAGGAGCUUUGCACGGCAAAGCGCAACAUCUGUACAGGGCAUGGCACGAGAGUCUCGGGUCUGUCCAAAGACGCGGAUGAGAACAGCAUCUAUCCAGGGAGACUCCCCGCUGAUCUCAGGGUGCCUUUGGGAAACCUCCGAUCUGUUGCUCUCAAAGAGGAGUCCACAGGAGAGGAGUCUGAACUCAGAAAAGGGACUGCAGAGCAGCAGCCACACUGUGUGGAUCUGGAUAAACGUCUGAAAGCAGAGGAGGCUGAGGAAGGAUGCCACCUCAGCGGGGAGACGGUGAGCUGUUCAUCCGAUGAGCAGCAGUGCAGGCCCGGUGCAAAGAAGCGCACCAGGGCAGCCUUCUCUCACGCACAGGUCUACGAGCUUGAGCGUCGGUUCAACAUGCAGCGCUAUCUUUCAGGUCCCGAGCGGUCCGGCUUGGCAGAGGCUCUGAAGCUGACAGAGACCCAGGUGAAGAUCUGGUUCCAGAACCGGAGAUAUAAAACCAAACGGCGCCAGAUGGCAGCCGAGCUGGCGGGGUGCAGCUCACCAAAGAAAGUAGCAGUACAAGUGCUGGUGAGGGACAAUCAAAAGCAGUACUAUCAGGCCAAUGGACUACAAUUCCCAGUGACUGUGCCUCUGUACCAGCAGGCCUACCGAUACCAGCCCUGCCUGCACUACUAUUGCCAGCCCUGGAGCCUGAGCAGCAGGUCAUGUGGGGGGAUGUUCUGAGCUGCUGUUUACUGCUGAGGACACAUGACUUGGACAAGUGUAGUUCUCUCCACACUCAACCUGUUGGCAGCUUUCUGUAUGGAUCACACGCUACUGGGAUUGUACUUGUACCCCCCCCCCUUUCUUUUAUAACUAGAAGCCUGUUUAGCAUUUUGGCCUGCUUUUCAGGUUUUCUAAAAUGCCAAUGUCUUACAGCAUGACUAGUUAAAUUUCGAGUUAAUCAGUGAAUCAAGGCAAUUUAAAGGAUAAUGAUAACAAAUCAUCAUCGUUAUUAUUAUUAUUAUUAUUAUGAUACAUUAUUAAGUGUUAGCCUUCAGUAAUGUAGUUUGCAUAUAAGAGGCAUUACAAAGCUCUGUAAAUUGAUAAGAUUAUUAUUGUAUCAUGAAAUGUUUUUAUAUGAAAGACAGAAAGAGUUUCCAUAAAAAUAAUUAUGUAAAAGCUAACUACUGCUGAUCUGUUCUUUAAAAAGAACAAAACAAAACAAACAUUUUUCCAUCUUUUUGUUUAUUAAUAUUAUUUGAUCAAUUUAAAGAAAGAACUGGCGGGACUUUGAAGGGCAUCUGAAACAAGUGUUGUGUUUGGGUUUUUUUUUUUUGUCAGAGGGUAGGGUUGGACAUAGAGUGAAGGGGAAAAGCAUUUGGGUGAUUUUCAUUUCAAGGACAAAUUCCAAAUUAAGUAUUAUCAAUGUUAGGGAGGGAGUUGUAACACUGUAAAAGGAAAUUUGAGAUGUAAUACUCCUCAACAUCCCAGUUAUUGUCCAAAUGUUCCUGAAUAUUUAACUUUGAGUGGAAAAAAGAAUGAAAAAUAUAUUUUUAAAAAUAAUCUUACAUUUAAGUUCCCCUAAUAAUUCAUUCUUUUAAAUGUGUCAAAUAAUACAAAUAAGGCAGAUUAUAAGACAGCAGGCCCCUGGGAACCAGCAAUGUGGCUUCCUCAGAGUUUAGGUGUGCAUAUUAGUUUCACAGCUGCACAAAAGUAAAAUUUAGCUGAGGGGAUAAACAAUCACUCCCUCCGUUAUUGAGAUGAAUGACUAAAGCUUGACUAUGUAAAAACAAAACGUACACCUUCAGGAGCACAUGAAAUAACUCAAGUAGAUCUAAAGAGAGGGUACGUUUGAAAUCAUUUGCAAAUGAUCUACAAAAUAUAUCUGGGUAAAUAUAUAUCUAAUCACCUUGCCCCCUCUUCAUCCAAAGCAAUUGCUCCUACACGGCCCAUAGAAGGAUCUAUAUGUUAUUCCUCUCUUAAUGACAGCCAGUUACAGUCUAAGAGACCAGACAGAACAGAAAGGAAUCCUGAAUUUAUACAAACCCAAUGAGAGAAAGUAGCCUAAAAAACAUGGCAGACAAUCGGACAUUUUUAGAAGGUAUUUAUUGUAUUUACGGGACAUCUUUGUUAAUCAUAAAACUCUGCACCUUCAAAAACAUAUUCUUUACGUUAGGUUUAUGGAUCUUUGGGAGAGAUUGUCAGCAUGAAAAUAUCACGUACUGUAAAAAGUUCCAAGUAAAGACAUCCUUACAAAACAGCCGAUUUAGUUUACAGAUGUUGGCAAUGUGCUAAAUGGACAAAUUUCAAUACUUAUAAAGAUGAUGGUAAAUAUU